AGUGGUCACGUGUAUGUUUUUCCGAGCGCAACAUAUUUCCCGCGAAAAGUUUUUUACCAAAUAUUAGUUAACAAAUUUAUACAUCUAAAGCUUAUUUAAUAGAUUAUAUAAAUUGUAAAUAUUUUUGAACACUUUGACAUCGAUAGUUUGAAUAAUUUUUAGCAAUGAAAAUGGAAAUAAAGGCGGAUGUGCAUACGGUGCACCCUUCUUCGGUGGGCACCAGUCAUGAUAAGGCUCCGACACAGAAGCCCUACGGAUCAUGGUGCACCCCGGAAACCACGCCGCGUCACAACACCGUAACCCACACCAAUUCAAAUAUAGAUACCAACACGCAAAUUCAAGAGAGACACGACACAAAAAAUGUAUUCCUGCAACUGCAAAAAGUUCGCCUGUUUUCAUCGUCGCCACCGCCGCCUCAUUACAACUCUAUAAUCGAUGUCAAAGAAGCGGCCACCGAACUUAAGGAUUACAACGUUCCUCAAUCAAGGGGCAACUCCAUCAAAAGGUUUUCACCUGUCGGAAAGAAAAACGUGUCAUCUAUAGAAAUCCCACAGAGCCCAGUACCAUCUUCCCCGACCAGAGAGAAGAAAUGCAAGGGACUCUUGCACUUACUGCCUCUGUGCGACCCUUUCGCGCCUAUAGACCCACAAGGUCGAGGCUACAUCAGCUGGCUGAUGCUUGUGACCUUCUGCUACAGCUACAACGCCUGGUGCAUCGCCCUGAGGGCCACCUUUCCCUACCAGACCCCAGAGAACACGCCCCUUUGGAUGACAGCAGAUUAUCUGUGCGACCUGGUCUAUUUGCUCGAUGUAGCCCUCGUGAAACCAAGGCUCAUGUUCCUCCAUGAAGGGUUCUGGGUUAACGACGCGGGGGAAACCAGGAGGAAUUAUAGGAGGAAAUUACAGUACAAGUUCGAUGUAAUUUCGCUGCUUCCCCUCGACAUACUGUACAUCUACUUCGGCACCCAGAUGGUCAUUCUGCGGGCCCCGCGCCUUCUGAAGCUGCAGACUUUCUGGGAAUUCCACCAGGCAAUGGACAGGGUUCUUUCGUCUCCUUAUGUGGUUAGGAUUGGCAAGACGCUCUUCUACAUCUUCUACUUGAUCCACCUGAAUGCCUGCGCCUACUACGCCAUGAGCAGCUACAUCGGCCUCGACUCCAACGGCUGGGUGUACGACAACAAAGGGAACGCCUACAUCAGGUGUUUCUACUUCGCCACCAAGACCGCCACGUCUAUAGGAAAGAACCCCAAGCCAGAGAAUACUGAAGAGUACUUGUUUAUGACAGCGGCGUGGCUGAUGGGAGUGUUUGUGUUCGCGCUUCUGAUUGGACAGAUCAGGGAUAUCAUUGCUACGGCUACCCGAGCGAGGACUGAAUACCGCAAGACAGUGGACGGCUGCACCCGUUACCUGCGUCAGCUAAACAUGCCUGUUUCUCUUCAAAGAAGGGUCACUUGUUGGUUCAACUAUACUUGGAGUCAGCAGAGAUGCUUUGAUGAAUCGAAAAUCUUAAACUCUUUACCUUUCAAUAUGAAGAGAGAUGUUGCUCUUGCUGUCCACAUGUCUACUUUGAGCAAGGUGGAGCUGUUCAGCAACUGCUCGGCGUCGCUGCUGCGCGACCUGGUGCUGCAGCUGCGGCCGGUGUCGUUCCUGCCCGGCGACCUGGUGGUGCGCGCGGGCGACGUCGGCCACCACAUGUACAUCGUGCAGUGCGGCGAGUGCUGCGUAAUGUCUCCUGAUGGAAACGAAGUGUUAGCAACUCUGAAGGAGGGCAUGGUGUUUGGAGAAAUCAGCCUCUUGGGAAUCGAAGGUCUUCGACGUCGCACAGCCACUGUCAGGUCGCGAGGUUACUCCAACCUCUUCGCACUGUCCCGUAACGACUUAGAAGCUGCUCUGAAAUACCACAAAGAAGCGGCUCAAGUACUCCGGCUGCGAGCAGACCAGAUCAUCAGACAGAACGCGGCGCGUCAGGCCAAGCAGAAACUAGCCAUACUUGAGGCCAAGAAGUCCAGCCAUUCUGAGCCGUCAGGAUUGAGGAACAGGAGGUUGUCGAGCGCGAGCAGCAAUGAUAGUAGCCAAGCUGCGGAGAAGAGGCUCAGGAGCGCUAGUACACUCUCCUAUAAUAAGAGGAGAUUGUCUGCUGUUUCUGAAAAUAAGGUACAGGACGAGCAGCCAUCUUUAGUAACCGCUUGCGGCCGCGGCCCGCUACCAACCAUCAUCCUCUCCAGCGAAUGCUCUUAAGUCAAGAGUUCAAGACUAAGGACAAUGGCCAUACUUGAUGGAACCCCAACUGACUUUUAGAAAACCAUGCUCCAUGUAUACUUUGGUAUAUCACGUCUAGAUGUUUUCAACUAAAUAUGGUAUAUUUCAAUGUUAACGAUAAUAUCGCCGUUUUAUCUAGGCGUUAUGAAUGUUUAACUUUUUAAGGUUUAUAUUUUGCUUUGCCCUUUUAUGAAAAGACUAAGUUCGGUAAAAUGUCAAUUACCUACCCUCUUUCAAUUAGACCAAGUCAAUGAAAAAAAAAACUUUUUUAUUCGAAUAUUAAACAUUUGUCUGAUGUUUUUAACAACGAUUUUGUCCUAUAUGUACUUACUUACAUUUCUAUUUGUGGCAUCCAGCCAAGUCUGAUUUUGGCGCCCAACAUGGUACUUCCAAAGAUUAUUUCAAAAUUAGGUAUAAUGUUAUAUUUUUUGUACUUAUAUUUUGAUACAUG